UUUUGAUUUUCCACAUGGAUGUGUAGACGUUUCAUCGGCAGUUUGCGCUUUAUUUCGCUGCAUCUUGUUGUGACCUGUUUUACGAUCUGGAUCGUCUGUCUGCCGCAAGCUAUCUAAUUCCUACGCGUUUGUGUACAUUUUCUGGCUCUAAUAGAGUUUCGUUUAUUAUAAAAAUAAGAUGACUGACAAAUCUUUAACGGAGAUGCCAGUUGCGCAAAAUGAAGUCAAGUCCAGCUGGGCUGAUGAAGUUGAAGAGGAGGGAGGAGCGUUGCCCGCGCCGUCGGAAGUCUACGAGAAUGGUUUCAAAAUUCUCACCGAAUACAAGUACAAUCAAGACAACAAGAAGGUCAAGGUUGUACGCUAUUAUAAAAUAGAGCGGCGUAUAGUGUCGAAAACGAUUGCGGCGCGUAAGAAUUGGGCAAAGUUCGGCGAUUCUGUUGACGACAGGCCAGGACCCAAUCCAGCUACCACUGUUAUCGGUGAAGAUGUCUUCAUGCAAUUCAUAUCCAGCAAAGAGGAAGAGAACAAGGUCGAGGAGGACUCCCUGGAUAAAUUGAAAAGCAUGGGCGACAAGGGAGUGGUCAAGUGCCGUAACUGCAACGGCGAUCACUGGACGUCCAAGUGUCCGUACAAAGAUACUGUUCUCGCUGGUGGAAAAGUACCAGACGACAAGAAGCCUCUCGUUAAUGCGGGAGUACCCGGUGCAAUAGCUGAACUUAAACCACAGGGCGGCAAGUACGUGCCGCCUGGUAUGCGCGACGGUGGCAACAAACGCGGCGACUCGAUGCAGAUGCAGAGACGCGACGACACGACCGCCAUACGUAUUUCCAAUCUUUCGCAGAGCACCACGGAUGCGGAUCUGGACGAGCUUGUGAAGCCGUUCGGUUCCGUAGUGAAGCAGUUCCUCGCCAAAGAGAAGCUCUCCAAUCUCUGCAAGGGUUUCGCAUAUGUACACUUCAAGCACAGGGCCGAUGCCGCGAGAGCGAUCGCCACUCUGGAUGGUUACGGUUACGAUCAUCUCAUCCUGAGCGUCGAGUGGUCGAAACCACAAGUUCAAAAUAAUUGAAGCGAUUCGAAGCAUACAACAGGUGCGGAUAGAAAUGUGAAAUUAGUUUGAUUACAACUGAAGAGAAUCCCUAUGACAAACAAACUAUUUGUACGUAAAUCUAUGUACAUUCUUACGAUAUCAAAAGUAGAAAGACAAUUAGUGGUCUGUAUUCGUCUCAUUUAAUUCUAAAUGUGAAAGUCGGAUUUUCAUUUAGAUAUACACUUAUUUAAUAUAAUAAUAUCGUGUUUAGAAUCGUGUAAUCGUGACAUGAAAAUUUCUGUUUAUUACAUUUAGGGUUAAAUGUGUGGCGCGAAUACAGACCACGAAUCCUAUCUUUAUUUUAUAUUUUAUGCACUUAAUUAUGUAAGUAUAUAAAUAUGUAAAUGUAUAAUGUACACAUAUAUUUACUAAAUAAAUUCAUAGUAAAUAUAUAGCAAAAAAAUAUAGACAUAGUAAACAGGGAAGCUUAUUCUUUGUUAUAAUUUUAUUAUCUUUGUUUCUGAUAUUGCAAUGCACUUCUAAAUCUAUUAAUUUAAAGCUACUCUGUUUACUCGCGUGAAAAAUGAUUACAUCAAUAGUAUCAUACUUUGUAUCCUGAAAAUCUUAAUCUCGAUUGAAAAAAUAUAUUGUAAAUUCUUA